AUGUCUUUUACACGGUUGGCCAAGUUCGAGGAAAGACAUGGGAAUAAUGUUCGGGCACGAGCUGGCUACCAGACAUGUCAUGACACUUUGAAAGAUGAUUUGGGACCGGAGGGGAUCACUGAAGAUCUAUACGUGAAGUGGGCAGAGUUCGAGCAACGAGCUGCGAGGGAUGAUCCCUCAGCGGCGGCGAAGGUCUAUAAGCUUGGUAUAGACACUUUACCUCCUGAAAGGACUGCUUAUCUACGCGAUAGAUACGCCAAGUACAUGAAACAGAAAGGUACGCGAACGGAUAUCGAAAGGCUCCUUCUGGAGAAGUGUAGACUGAAAUAUGAGAAGCAACUCUCUGACUCUGAUGGAGUUGAUGUGGAUAUCUGGAUCAACUAUAUCCUUCUCGAAGAAAAUAUUGGAGACUCCGCAGCCCAAUGCCGAGAAGUAUACGAGAGAGCCAUCGCUGCAGCUCUACCACCCGAACAAGCGGCACCCAAGGGACGGAAAGAUCUUUACAGGCGAUAUGUGUAUAUAUGGCUCUUCUAUGCUAAUUACGAGGAGUCCCUCAUCCAAUCCGGGGAAUCGACACCUGAUAGGGUUCGAGAAGUAUAUCACACAGCCCUCGGGCUCUUUCGCUCGCGGAAGAUAUACUUCAGCAAACUUUACAAUGCUUACGCGGAGUUCGAGAUCCGCCAGAUGGAUGUUGGACGGGCUAGGCUUGUGUAUGGUCGUGCAAUCGGCGAAUCCAAGAAGGCUUCUGUGUUCCGUUCCUACAUUCAAUUUGAGUUCAACCUCGGGCAAGUGGAUCGAGCCCGCAGGAUCUGUGCGAGUUACGUAUCGGCGCAUUCGCUGGAAGCUGCUUCUUGGGUAUGCUGGAUGGAUAUGGAGAUGAAGCUCUCUGAGGUCAAUAGAGCUCGCAAACUUGGAGAGAUGGCCAUAAGGCUCGCUGAUGAGUCGGCAUCUGACGAGAGCGACGAGAUUAUGAACGAGCCGGAGCUUAUUUGGAAGAAAUGUAUCGACAUAGAAAUAGAGCAAGGAGAGAUGGAGAAUGCACGCGAUUUAUUCGAACGAUUAUUGGAUCGCACCACCCACGUCAAGGUUUGGCGUUCGUAUGCUGAUUUCGAACUAAAGCACGGAGACCAGUCCUUCGAGAAGGCGAAGGAAGUCCUCGAACGGGGUAUCGCCGAGGCCAAGAAGGAAGAGGAUUCUGAGUCCCGCAGGUUGCUGCUCGAGUAUAUGCUCAAGCUAGCGAAGGAAGCUAAAUAUGACGAUAUUGCAAACAUCGAGAGUCGACAACCCAAGGCUGUGAAACACAAGGGGCGUGUUGACCAGAGUCACGGUGGUGGAGAGCCCGGUGCAGAAGAUACAGUAAUGGUUACUGUAUGGGAGUUCCCGGAUGAUGAGAAGGCUGGGGAUGCUGCGAAGAAACCCAAGAUUAAAUUGUUGGAGGCAGCCAAAAUGUUCAAGAAGAUGCGCCUGUCAGAGCAAUCGGGUGGAAGCAGUCAUCUGUAA